AGUAACGAAGCGUUUUGUGACGCGAUGAGUGAAAGCAUUUUUUUAUUUUACUUUUUCUCACCUCACUCAUAUCACUCGUUCACUCACUUAUUGUACUCACUCCAGACUACAUUUAUUCGCGAAUAAAACAUACACUGUCGUUAUAUAUUUUUUACUCUUGUUCCCACUUUACUUGGCUUUAAAAUUAAAUUCAGUGAAAAUGUGAAAAAAGUCAUUUGAAUUUUUGAAAAACGAGUAUUGUAAAAGUAAUAAAUAAACAGAGUAAUAAAAUCAAGUUGUGAUAAAGUUUUAGAUAACAAAAAAAAAUAUAAUAAUAAAAUAAAAAGUAAGAGAUGUCUUUGACUUCUCACCCGACAACAAUGGUCAGCCAUGAAGAUAAAUUAAUCUCUGGAACUUUGGAAGAAAGAAAAGAAGCUUUCAAAGAGGAUGCUGAGCUUAUGAGAGAGACAAAUAAAUUUAUUACUGAAGUUAUUGAGACUGCGGCUACUGAGGCUUCGAAAAGAAAAUUACAAAAUCAGGGUGACGGAACAAGCGAAGGCAGUAGAUUGAAGGGUGGCGAUGUCAUCGGCGGCUGGAACAACCGUGCCCGUGGCUUCUGCAAUCGGAUUCUGAACACCCUCUGUCCAUGCUUCAUCAACAAUGACUUGUUGGCCUGGACGCCCUACCGUUAUCGCUUCACGAGACCGUAACUGCUCGGAACAACAUCCAAUACUAUAUUAAAAUACAAUAAUGAAUAAAUAAUUGAAAAAAAAAAAA